AUGGAAAAUCCACGGAUGCUUUUGGCCAGAAGCCUUCCCCAUCUAAUCAAAAUUGGAGGGACCACCGAGCCCUCGGUGUCCGGAGAGCGGCUUUGCGCGAGCUACAUGCACCUAUGGCCCGAUUUUCUAGCCCAAGUGCGUGCUGCUUGCAACUCAUUGAGUUUCACCAGUGAUAUUAGUCUUACAGACUCACCCGAGGGUGACUUCUACUUCGUGGGUAGUGGGGUUGGCCUCACUACUCGGUUCACUCGCCAUAUAUCCGACCCCGUUGCGAAAGCUCUAUCUGUCUCGAAUCUACCGUUAAAGUUCGGUGAUAUACAGGCAAUCAAGGAGACCCCUAUUGUUAUCCCCGAUAUUACCUUAGCAAUUUUUGACACUGGGGUUCCCUUAAGUUCUCAUACAGCCACACUGAUUGCUGCUGGAGAACUAAAAACGUGGUGGACUGUCGACCUCGAGGAAUUCACGGUAAGGUCUGAUUUAGAGACACGAACAUACCUAGAACCAUAUAUCGGACAAGUUGUCUCGUAUAUGCGAAGAUUCCAUCUUCGUUAUGGUUUCCUUUCAACUUACAAGUCUACCGUGUUUGUUAAAAGAGAGGAUGAUUUCUGUUUUCAUCUCUCUAUGCCGAUCAACAAGGAGUCCACAAACCCAUCCCUGAGAGAAUGCUUCGCGGGAUUUGCAGCUAUCGCUGCCCAAAACCCGGACUAUGAGGAAGUAGAGCAAGUCGAUACAAGACUACUCCGCUCAUCGAGAGCACCCGGUGUUGUCUCCUCCUUCCGAACCUCUGGAUACCGCAGUAGAUUUAGCGACCCCACCAAUCCACUUGUAUCCAUCAAUAAUAUUACUACAGAGUCGAUCGUUAUUGGCUCCAACGGGGUCGCAACCUGCCUUGUGGAAUGCAUUGAACUUCUUUCUUCCCCUCGGUUAGGACACAAGAAAGCAGUCUUUGAGGUGGAAUAUGGUGGAAUGCGAUAUAUUGCGAAAUGCUGGUCUCGUGAUCAAGAUGAGAGCGCUGCUAAUGAAUUCGCGGUGUAUGAACGACUACACCAGCGUCAGCCAACUGGAUCUGAGUUCUUUACCCGUCUCGUGUUCUCUGGAGAAAUAAUCUGCUCGACGCACUUCCCUGAAGGCCGGAUCCUUCUUCUGGAGAAGGUUCCCGGGAAGCAGCUGUUUGGAAUCUGGAAUACCCUGUCAUUUGCGGAGAAGGCACACAUCUAUAGCCAAUGCAGCAGCGCUAUUCAAAUGCUCCGAUCGAUCUCUAUUCGGCUAGUAGACUCCGGGAAGCACAACGUUCUGUAUGAUCGACAAAGUGGGAAGGUCACACUGGUUGACUUUGAGGCAGUUGUGGACCUUAGCGGGCAGGCCUGGACGUCUCUUAAACCCGAGCUUCCUUCAAUCUUUGGAGUUAGCGGGAUGUCCGAGUUCAUUCAUGGUGGAUGA